AUAUAUCCCCUGAUUUUCAUUAAAACAUGUAGCUGUAAUACGAAGAUAAUUGGAAUAUUGUAGUUUCUAAUAGCUACACGUAAUUCUACACGUAUACGGAUGUAUAAUAAUGCAAAUAUCGAUGUGGAAACAUAGCAAGUUCAAAAAUGAGUAAUAACAAUACAUUUUUAACUAACCCUUGGGAUGCAUUAUGCACUGCAACAACAUUUGACAAGGGUAACGAUGCAAAAUCCACGAUAUGUUUGGAGAAUGAAAAUAAUCAGAAUGAUAGACAAAUUGUGAGCAUUGUUACAACCACUAGUAGUCUUUUAAUUGAGUCACUUGUAAAGCAACUAUGUAUAUUAUUUGAAGAUGAUUCAGUAUGCAGAAAUGAAUUAUAUUUUGCUAUUUGUAGUAAACUUCACGAAUUGAAACUUAUCGAUGGUUCUUACAAUGUGAUGGAAUUAGAAUCAUUAAGAAGUGAAUAUCAACAAGCGCUAUAUCAUUUAUUUACAGUUAUACGUGGUACAAUUAGUUGCAAAAAUAUACUUCAGAUUUCUUCAAGUUUAUAUAAAUCGUCAGUGGCAGAAUGGUCUAGGUAUCAUAGAGAAUUUCAAGAAAUAAGCUUUAUUGCUGCUGGAGGAUUUGGAAACGUUUUUAAAGCUUUACAUCGUCUUGAUGGUAUUGAAUAUGCCAUUAAAAAGAUAAAAGUACCAUCUGAUCGAGUUAAAAAUAUAAUGCAGCAUCUUGAAGAAGUGAAAACUUUUGCUAAAUUAAAUCAUACCAAUAUAGUUUCGUACAAAGGUGCAUGGAUUGAGCCAAGAUUACCUUCGAUUUUUAUGCAGAAUUUAAUAUCCUCGAAUCAUUUUCAAAGCAAAUUAAAUUCUAUAGAAUAUAAUGAAAGAAGUGGACACAAGUCAUAUGUAAAUCGGACAUCCAGUUCACAAAGUCAACAAAGUUCAGAUACUGGAAGUAGUCGAAGUUCUAAGGAAAAUGGUAAAGAGAACAUGUUGCUACAACAUAGUAAACAGAUAAAUUGUAAAUCUGAGGAAGAAAGUGAGGAGAAAAAUAGUUCAAACAGUAUAUCCUUUAGAAAUGACAGUAAACUUGAAAGUAAUAAAACAAAAAGUAAUACAAAUUAUACUGACGGCAGUAAUUCGUAUGAAGAAUCUAAUAAAAAUAAGAUAGUUCUACCAUAUAUACUUCGAACGAUGACAUUACAGAAUGAGAAAUAUACAACAUUGUAUAUUCAAAUGGCUCUUUGUGAGAAAACACUUCAACAGUGGCUCGACGAAAGAAUGGAAAUCACUCCACAAACAAUUAUUGCAAUAUUAACCCAAAUUCUUCAUGGUUUAGAUUACAUACAUUCUCGUGGAAUCGUGCACCAUGAUAUAAAGCCCAGCAACAUAUUUAUUUCAACAUCGGAACGGCUACAAAUACAGUUAGGAGAUUUUGGAUUAGCUUGUCUAUUACGAAGUAAAAAUCACCAUUCUAUAAUAGGCACACGUAUGUAUGCAGCGCCAGAGCAACUACAAGGAAAGUGCGAUCCCAAAAGUGAUAUAUACAGCGUAGGAAUAGUACUCCUGGAGCUAUUAAUACAUACGAGAACUCAUAUGGAAAGAAUCGAAAUAAUUAAUAGUUUGAAAAGAGGACAUAUACCUACAACAUUAGCUGCUACUCAUCCUAAAUGGGCGUAUAUAGUAAGUCAGUUGAUACAAGAAGAUCCCAGGAAACGACCAUCAACGAAUCAAUUAUUACAAGAUUUAAACGAAGAUAAAGAUAUGAUGAUAGUACGUUUGAAGAAUGAUAUCAUUGAGAAAGACGAUGUAAUAAAAAACUUACAAGAAAGGAUAUUAAUAUUAGAAGAACAAAUCGUUAAACAUAAUAUUUAAGACAUAUAAACCGUUGUAUCAUUAAAUUAAAAAAUAGAGAAUUUUUAGGAAUAGUACGUAUUAAUAUUUUUUAUGAAGCGAAUGACAAAAUGAUAACGGUGGCUUAUGUGUUUAUAAAAAUAUAACAAAAAAUAAAAGUUCAUAGAAUAUGUAUUUAUUGGAUCUAUAUACAUAUAGAAUAUGAAUUUACUGAAUUGCUAUGCAUUUGUUAAAUAUAUGCAGCAUACAGAAUUGUCCUUUGACGAGGAAAUGCGUUCGCAUGUGUUUUAUUUUAUAUUAAAGUAAAAUAUUUGUAAUUAUUUUUAAUACUAUCGCAAUUUGAUUUUUGUAAAGACAAUGUAAAAAUCACUGUCCACUAUAAUUGUUUAUUGUUUCGUUUAAUAAAAUCGAUAUUUGAAAAAAUUA